CACCCCCACUCUGUUUUUCUUUUCUGUCUUUACACUCAAAAUAUUUCUGCAAAGCAAUCGCUUCAAGAAACUCAAGUCAAUGGCAGCCUGUGUUUACAGUCCCAGAUGCAGAACUCUCACUGCCCUUUUGUGCUCUUCUUUUAAUCCCAACCAAUGCACAAUGAAUUAUACUUCCUUAUACAUGUUUGUCAAGCUCUGUUCAUCUCGAGUCUGUCAUUCUAAUCAAGAUGAUUUAUGGCUGAAGAUUCAAGAGGAAUCUCGAUUAGAUACAGAACAAGAGCCUACCCUGUUUGAUUACUAUCAUUCUUCAGUAUUAUCACAUGAUUCACUGGAAAAUGCAUUGUCAAGUACUCUGGCAGUCAAGCUGAGUAACUCCAAUAUCUCCAAAGCUACACUUUUUGAAAUUUUCUGCAGUGCUUUUGCAGAAGAUGAUAUCAAGAAGGCUAUCAGAGAUGAUCUUAGAGGCGUAAGAGAGCGCGACCCUGCUUGCAUUAGUUAUGUACACUGUUUUUUACACUUCAAGGGCUUCCUUUCAUGCCAAGCUCAUAGAGCAGCACAUAAAUUAUGGACUCAAGGUAGGACUAAUUUGGCACUUCUGAUACAGAGCCGGGUUUCGGAGGCUUUCGCUGUAGACAUUCAUCCCGGAGCAAAGAUUGGUUGCGCAAUAAUGUUUGAUCAUGCUACUGGAAUUGUGAUUGGAGAGACUGCAGUAAUUGGUGACAAUGUUACCAUUCUGCACAAUGCGACAUUAGGAAGUACAGGGAAAGAGGCCGGUGAGCGGCAUCCCAAGAUUGGCAAUGGGGUUUUCAUUGGUGCAGGAAGUAAAGUUCUGGGGAAUAUUAGAAUUGGUGAAGGGGCAAAGAUUGGAGCAGGAUCAGUAGUGUUAAAGGAUUUACCUCCUAAUUGUACUGCAGUAGGAAAUCCUGCUAGAUUAGUUGAAUCAAAACGGGUCACCCUGUAUGAAACUAAAGCUACUUAAAUUCAUCAGAGAAUUUGAGUUAUCUAUCAUAGAUGGACUGGGCACUAUGCACUAGUUUCCCAACUGAUGCACCGUUUUGGUGCAAUAAAAA